AUGGACUUCAAUACUUGGUGGAAUUCAGGUGGUACAAGCUUCAAGUCCAGCAUGAAAUAUGUGAAAAAUGGCUAUGAAAGAAUUGUGUCAUGUGAUAUAGUGGUGAGUGGAUCUAAGAUAUCAAGGUGGAGAAUCCUAUGGAGGAAAUUUAAGAAGGAAAAGAAGAAGCUCUUCAAUCGUUCUUCGAGUUUAGAGCAUGUCCCUUCUUAUGAUCCUUAUACGUACUCGCAGAAUUUUGAUCAUGGUUCGAUGUGGACUGACCCAGAUAACCAUUGUCGUUCAUUCUCAGCUCGGUUUGCUGUUCCAUCAAGAAUUUUUCAGAAGAGAGAAUUGAUAGGUUGA